ACAAGAGCGGUAAAAGGAAUCUGACAGAUCGUAAUAAGAGAGAUAAACAGAUAAAGAGAUAGAGAUAGAGGAUUGAAUCCUGUCUCUCAGGAUGGCGGACGAGGACGGAAGCAUGUGCGAAAAUUCUCUAGGGCCGAACGACUCGAGUACGGCCUUUGCGAAAAAGCUGAGGGGUCGAAAGGGGGCCUUGAAGAAGAAAAAUGUGUACAUGGUAAAGGACCACAGCUUCAUGCCGCGCUUCUUCAAGCAGCCGACAUUCUGCAGCCAUUGCAAGGAUUUUAUUUGGGGAUUCGGAAAGCAGGGUUACCAGUGUCAAGUAUGCAGUUUCGUCGUUCACAAACGAUGUCACGAAUACGUCACAUUCACGUGUCCAGGAGCAGAUAAGGGGGCCGAUUCGGACGACACCCGGACGAAACAUCAGUUCAAGCAGCACUCCUACAGCGGGCCAACCUUCUGUGACCACUGCGGUAGUCUCCUCUAUGGCAUCAUCCACCAGGGCAUGAAGUGCCAAGCAUGUGACAUGAACGUGCACAAACGAUGCGAGGAGAGCGUACCGAAUCUCUGCGGUUGCGAUCACACCGAGCGCCGAGGUAGAAUCCAGCUGCACAUUACCUGUAUCGGCAACAAACUCACCGUCGAAGUAAAACAGGGGAGAAACCUUAUCCCAAUGGAUCCAAACGGACUGUCGGAUCCUUACGUAAAAUUGAAACUAAUUCCAGACUCAGACAACGUUAAGAAGAAAACUAAAACAAUCAAAUCUUCGCUAAAUCCUGAAUGGAAUGAAACGCUAACUUUUGAGUUAAGACCGGAAGACAAGGACCGUCGACUUCUGUUAGAAAUAUGGGAUUGGGAUCGUACUUCUCGCAACGAUUUUAUGGGCUCGCUAUCCUUCGGAAUAUCGGAGAUCAUCAAGGCACCAGCCUCCGGAUGGUUCAAACUGCUGACCCAGGAGGAGGGCGAGUUUUACAACGUCCCGGUACCGGAGGAAGGCGUAGACCUUGCCGAACUGAAGACCAAAAUGCGGAAGACAUCAGUCACGAAAAAGACACCAAUGACACAAGACAAGGAUGUGCCGCACAAUAUGGGAAAGAGCGACGUGAUACGAGCUACCGAUUUCAAUUUCCUUAUGGUCCUCGGCAAAGGGAGUUUCGGAAAGGUGAUGCUGGCGGAAAGAAAGGGGACCGACGAGUUAUACGCCAUAAAGAUAUUGAAAAAGGACAUCAUCAUUCAGGACGAUGACGUGGAGUGUACAAUGGUCGAGAAGCGAGUCCUGGCACUUUCCAGCAAACCACCGUUCCUCGUUCAGCUUCACUCCUGCUUUCAGACGAUGGACCGAUUAUACUUCGUCAUGGAAUACGUCAACGGUGGUGAUCUCAUGUUCCAAAUUCAGCAGUGUGGAAAGUUCAAAGAACCAGUGGCCGUAUUCUACGCGUCCGAGAUUGCGAUUGGUUUGUUUUACCUUCACGCGAGGGGAAUCGUUUAUCGAGAUCUGAAACUUGACAACGUUCUGCUGGAUCAGGACGGUCACAUAAAAAUCGCCGACUUCGGGAUGUGCAAGGAGGGAAUAACCGGGGACAAAACGACGAAAACGUUCUGUGGUACACCCGACUACAUUGCGCCGGAGAUCAUACUCUAUCAACCUUAUGGAAAAUCCGUGGAUUGGUGGGCAUACGGGGUUCUUUUGUACGAGAUGCUCGUCGGGCAGCCUCCGUUCGACGGUGAAGACGAGGAGGAAUUAUUCGCCGCGAUAACCGAUCACAACGUCAGCUACCCCAAGAGUCUUUCGAAGGAGGCGAAAGAGGCCUGCAAAGGGUUUCUCACGAAGAAUCCCAACAAGAGAUUGGGUUGCGGAUUACGCGGUGAAGAGGACGUUCGAAAUCACGCCUUUUUCCGCCGCAUAGACUGGGACAGAAUCGAAAAUCGAGAGGUUCAACCACCGUUCAAACCAAAAAUAAAACAUCGUAAGGACGUGAGCAACUUCGACAAGCAAUUUACAUCGGAAAAAACGGAUCUCACACCAACCGACAAGUUGUUCAUGAUGAACUUGGAUCAAACAGAAUUCAUGGGUUUCUCUUUCCUAAAUCCCGAGUUUGUUCAGCACAUUUAAUUAUUAAUCAUCAUCUUCCCCGACUCUGUAUCUACAUACCUAUACCUAUAUAU